AGGCGGGGCGUGCGAUAGAGACUGUCUUCCCGAGUGCCUCCGAAGGGUGGCUCCUCUAGCGGGAGGCCAGCGGAAAGAGCCGAAGGGGGGAGUGGGCGGGGCAUCACUCUGGCGCUUCUUCCCGAGCGGACCCGAAGUGAAGAAGUGGGCGGGGCGUGGCUGUGUCUCCUCCCCCGAGCGCCUCCGAAGUUUCCCGAAGGCUCCCGAAGGUUCCCGAAGUCUCCCGAAGGCCUGACUCGGCGGAGGCAGCGUCGGAAGUCCUGUCCGGCGAUGAUCGAGGUGUCUGCGUGGCUGGUGCGGGGCGCGGUGUUCCUGGCCGGGGAGGCGCUGGAGUGCCUGGUCACCCUCCGCAACCCGCUCCCGCCCGACGCCACCUCCGCCUCCAGUGAAAUGCUGGCCUGGGCCAGUGCGCAGAUCCACUGCCAGCUCCACGCCAGCGAGAGCCGUGUGGCCAUGCCGCCGGCGGAGGACAGCCGCCACGACGUCCAGGCCGAGAACGAGACCGUCUUCGUCCCCAACAGAGGGGAGCGUGGCAAGUGCAUCCUCUCGACGCCCCCAAAGAUCCUCUUCUGUGACCUGCGCCUGGAUCCGGGAGAGUCCAAAACCUACUCCUAUUGUGAGACGCUUCCUGUGGACGGCCCCCCCUCCUUCCGUGGCCAGGCGGUCAAGUACGUCUACAAGCUGACCAUUGGCUGCCAGCGGGUCAACUCCCCCAUCAAGCUCCUGCGGGUGCCCUUCCGGGUGCUGGUGCUGCACGGGCUCAAGGACUACCACUUCCCCCAGGAGACCGAUGCCGUGGCCACCGUGGCCCCCUCCAACCCGUUCCUGGAGGAGGAGGAAGGGCCCGCCAAGAAGGACUCCCGCCUCGCAGACCUGGCCACCGAGCUGCUGAUGGCCGCCACCUCCCGGCGCAGCCUCCAUCUAUACAACAUUAGCAACUCUCGGGGCAAAGUGGGGACCUUCUGCAUCUUCAAGACAGUCUACAAGAUCGGGGAGGACGUGGUGGGGACCUUCAACUUCUCCGAGGGGGACGUCCCCUGCCUGCAGUACCUGGUGAGCCUGCAGACGGAGGAGCGCGUGCAGGAGGGCUUCCGUCGCCAGAGGGCCCCCCCGGCCUCCUUCAGCACCCACGCCCGGCACCAGGAGGCCUGCCUCCACACCGCCAGGACCAGCUUCAGCCUCCCCAUCCCGCUCAGCUCCGCUCCGGGCUUCACCACCAACAUCGUGUCCCUCAAGUGGAGGCUGCACUUUGAGUUUGUGACGUCCCGAGAGGCUUCGUCGUCGUCGGCGUUGGCGGGAGGAGAGGCGCCCCCCACCGGGACCCCCGAGGGCCCCUCCUCGCCCCCUACUUCCUUGUCCCAUGAAGCCUCCAUCUGGACCGGGGAGGAGCAGGUGGAGGUGGACACGCUCAGCUGGGACCUGCCCAUCAAGGUGCUGCCCACCAACCCGCUCCUGGCCUCCUACAUCUCCCAGCUGCCCAGCUCCAGCUCACUCGCCCUCUGAGACCGAGG